CUUCUUCUCGACGCCGCGCCGCCUCGCGCGCUCUCCCGCUGUCCCAUCUGUUCUCUUGCGCCUCUAGUCCAUCGUCCCCUGAUUCUAUCAUCGGUUCGUUGCGUGAUCUCGAGAAUCCAUGCCGGUUAUAAGUAUAGAAAGCUCCGCCUUCGUCACUCGAAAUCGGCCGGCCGGCGAGGGUGAUCCUGUGAUGCGAUGCCUCGUGUGUAGAAGGCCGAGACCUUGUUCGUUUUUCUUCGAUGGGGUUGGGAAGUCAUGCCUCCUGCUGCAGUUCACCGACAAGCGGUUCCAGCCCGUGCACGACCUGACCAUCGGCGUCGAAUUUGGACAGCGCAUGGUCACCAUCGGCAAGAAGAAAAUAAAGCUUCAGAUCUGGGACACGGCAGGCCAGGAGGCUUUCAGGUCAAUCACUAAAUCCUACUACAGAAGUGCGGCCGCUGCUCUUCUCGUUUAUGACAUCACCAGGAGGGAGACCUUCAACCACGUCGCGAGCUGGCUGGAAGAAAUGAGGGAGCAGGCGGACGGCAACAACAACAUCACCAUCAUGCUGGUCGGAAACAAAUCAGAUUUAGCUCAGAGGCGAGCCGUCAGCACGGAAGAGGGCGAGCAGUUCGCCAAGGAGAACGGCCUCGCCUUCAUGGAGACCUCGGCCAGGACCCGGCACAACGUGGAGGAGGCAUUCCCUCAAAGCUCGUCCAUGGUGUGCCAGAAGAUCCAGGAAGGUGCCAUUGAUCUGUCCAAGAGUAGUGGUGUCACGCCCGGAGGUGAUGAUUUCAGUCGUCUCGAGCCUCUGCCUCCGUCUCGAGCCUCCGUCUGCUGCACCAGCUGAGCAUAGCUUGGACGACUCAGUUCCGUCUCUCGGAUCUUGUUUAAUACUAGUGCAAAUCAGUAGUAACUCCAUGCUUUCAACCUCGAGCAUAUAGCCAUAUAUAUAGAUCACUUGGCAGUUAAAAUGAUGUACAUCGUUUCA